AUGGCGAGAAGACGGAGACGGAAGAAACAAUUGGCACAAUAUCUGAAAGGAACCGAAUUAUCUACUCGCCCUGUAAGGAAAGAAUCCCUAACGAAGCCUGAUAAUAAGCUGACCUUAAUUCCGGACCCUCUCCUAAUGAAUGCGAUGCCAUUCGUCGAUCUCGCAGCGGCAUGUAUUGUCACAUCAACCGAGCAUGCUGAAAAGCUAGGCAUCCCAAAGUCAAAGUGGGUUUAUCCACUAGGAGGAGCCUGGGCGAGGGAUAGUGAGGAUUUCUAUAACAGGCCAAAUUACUACUCUAGCCCUGCUAUAUCACAGGCCCUAGACUCAGGUCUGGAAAACUCUGGGCUGACAAAGGAGGCUAUCGAUAUGUUUGAUUUUUAUUCAUGUUUCCCAAUUGUUCCAAAGCUAGCCUGCGAGCACCUUGGGAUUCCUCAGACGAAUUGGGUGAAGCCUAUUACGCUGCUGGGAGGGUUGACCUCAUUUGGCGGAGCGGGAGCAAACUAUUCAAUGCACGCUGUUGCCGAAAUGGUGCAGCAACUAAGAUCAGCGCACAUUAGACGCAACGGUCUCAUUUUAGCAAAUGGCGGAGUAUUGAGUUACGAGAACACAGUUUGCCUCUCGAAUAGGCCAAGACAAGACGGGUUACCAUAUCCGCAAGACAAUGCUCUUCUUGAAACUCCAGCUGAACUGCCAUGUCCACCAUUCGACGAACAGGCUGAAGGUCCAGUGACUAUUGAAACGUACACAGCUGAGCACGAUCGGAAUGGUAAGCCCAUCAAGGGCUAUGUUGUAUGUCGCUUGAAAAGCAAUGGCCAUCGAAUCAUUGCAAACCAUGCAGACUCUGCAACACUUCAAGAGUUGUCAAAUACAACCCAAGAGCAGAUUGGAAGAAGCGGCUUUAUCCGGCAGUGUGUUGAUGUGAAGGGGAGGAAUCUAUUCAGCUUUGCGAAAAUUACAAAAUUGUAA